AUGGCGAGUGCAAUACCCGCAAGCUACUACAUCGGAGUCGAUGUCGGGACAGGAUCCGUGCGCGCAGGCCUCGUAAAGCAGGAUGGCACACUCGUUGCAUCCUUCACGGAGCCUACUGCCACCUACCGCGAUCCAGAUGACCACCGGAUCUUUGAGCAAUCCACGAACAACGUUUGGGCCGGGAUGUGCAAGGCAAUCAAGGCCGUCCUCGAAGAAGCUAACGUCUCCUCUUCGGUCGUCAAGGGCGUUGGGUUUGACGCGACGUGUUCUCUGGCGGUCGCGGAUAUGAACGGAGAACCCGUGGUGGUGACCAAAGGCGACCAACUUGGAGAAAUUGGAGACCGUAACAUUAUUCUAUGGGCAGACCAUCGAGCUGAAACCGAAGCCGAUCUAAUAAACAGCACUGGAUCUAAGGUGCUUGAUUACGUCGGCGGGACGAUGAGUCUGGAGAUGGAAAUCCCAAAGACCCUCUGGCUGAAGCACCACAUGAAGCCGGAGCGGUUCGCGCGUUGCCAAUUCUUCGAUCUCCCUGACUUCCUGACUUACCGCGCAACGAGCGAUAGCACGCGUUCGUGCUGCUCAGUGACGUGCAAGUGUUCCUUCGUCCCAAUGUCAGGGUGGCAGGCAGAUUUCUUCCAGAAGAUUGGGCUCGCCGAGUUCCCUAAAGACAAUUACACCCAGCUGGGGGGCGCGGAUAUGAAUGUACUUACAGCCGGCUUACCGGUAGGUAGAGGUUUGUCCAAGAAGUCUGCGGAGGAGAUGGGCCUCCUAGAGGGUACUUCUGUGGGAAGCGGUGUCAUUGAUGCUUACGCAGGAUGGUUGGGUACAAUUGCAGCACGCUUCAAAGAAAAUGGUGAAUUGUCCCCCAUCGUACCGUCUCUGGACGAGUCCAGCCAUCGUCUCGCGGCGGUCGCAGGCACGAGUACCUGCCAUAUAGUUCAGAGUCGAGAAGGUGUGUUCGUGAACGGUGUAUGGGGCCCAUACAAGGAUGCCGUCUUCCCCGGAUUCUGGAUGAACGAAGGUGGACAAUCAUCGACUGGUCAAUUGAUUGAUUUCAUGAUCACGACACAUCCCGCAUACCCGAGGUUGAAGGAGCUUGCACAGCAGCAAAACAUCGACAUUCACGAGGUCCUGCAUGAUGAACUGGAGAAGUUGCGGAUGGAGGCGGGUGCGGAAAAUUGGACAGAGCUCACCAAAGAUAUGCACUUCUACCCUGAUCUGCAUGGCAACCGAUCCCCCAUCGCGGAUCCCCGCAUGCGCGGCUCCUUGAUGGGUCUCGCCCUCGACGACGGCCUCUCGGACCUUGCGCGCAAGUUCAACCUCACACUUGAGGCAAUCGCGCUCCAGACACGGCACAUCGUGGACGAGAUGAACGCGAAGGGGCACAAGAUCACGUCGAUCUACAUGUCGGGCGGCCAGGCGAAGAACCUCAUGCUCAUGCAGCUUUUCGCCAACACUUGCAGCAUGCCUGUCGUGCUUCCGCAGAGCAGCGGUGCCGCGGUCGUGCUCGGCGCCGCGAUGCUCGGGCGCUUCGCGGCGAUGGACCACACCAAGAUGAAUGCGGAGGCGCAGGGGAAGGCGUUGUGGGACACCAUGGUGGAGAUGACACCGGCAGGAACCAUGAUCACUCCCGCAGCUGAUCCAAAGGAGAAGAAAUUGCUCGAGGCGAAGUACAAGAUUUUCCGCGAGACCAUUGAAAUUCAGAAGCGGUGGAGAAAGCAAAUGGAAGAAGCAUCACAAUAG